AUGGCGUUACCGUGCGCGGAUAUGGAAUGUCAACUUCAAGUUCAUGCUGAUUGUGAAUCUUGUAUGAUGAGGAGUUAUGAUACGAUACGGUCCAUCCGUGGAGUUUAUGAGGUCGAAUGGAACCGUCGAGAGAAUAUAUUCAAAAUAUCUGGAGAAGUUGAUCCAAGUGUACUAAUGAAGGCAGCGUUGCGUUCAGGUGAACAUGCAACGCUCAUCGAUGUUAAGCUCAAACAUCCACACACAAGAAACAACUUUUAUCGCUCAUAUGGUCCAACCGUUGGUAAUUAUAUGCCGCCCUAUAGAGAUGCUUACCGGUCAUCAUUGCAUAGCAUGCCUUAUUAUGAAACUAAUGAUCGUUAUUAUCCUUAUGGCAUGUCAUAUGGGCCGGCUGCUCGAAUGGAUUAUGGUCCUCCUUACAACACUACUUAUUAUGACCACCAAUACCCACUUCCACCGGCAACCCAUGUGCCUUCAUUGCCAUAUCAAGAGUAUAAUGACCCGUAUCACAACUAUGCAGCGGUCGAUCCUUGCUCCAUCAUGUGA